ACACUAACAUCACAGCAGGGUUGAUGUUGAGCCACAUGCUGCGGGCUGUAAGGGGGCCAGAGCUUGGCCGCUGAUCAGAAGGGCCAGACCAACAGCCGAGCAGCUCCUUCGUUCCUCUGUCUGUCUAGGUACUGUGCUGUGUAAGCUGACGGUUAUUAUUACAUUCGAGGCGGAAUCCGGUUCGCUGAAUGAUGCCUGGUCAACGCACACGUCUCAGCAAACGUUGUGUUGACUUUCCUUCGCGUACGGAUACCUCAAGCUUCUGGCGUCCCGCUGGUUCACGUCAACCCCAGACUUGCCUCGCCUUGCUGGAACGACUCACGACUCACGACACACGACACACGACACACGACACACGACACACGACACACGACGUGGACGUGACAGCCACAGCCCGAGCUACGGCCAAGCAGAAACGACUUGGUUUCUAUCCGUCGUGUGUCUAUCAGCUGUUUCGGUUCUCCGUCCGAUGUUCUGAUACGGUUGAUACAAACGUGCUCUGCGAUACAACGUGCCUUUGUUGGUUCUUCAACCACACGUUUGGUUUGCCUCUUCUGCUCACGCACCUUCGAGUGCAUUUUGACUGCCCAAAGGUCGGCAACUGGGGACAUCCCGUCGGAUGCCGUUCAGGUACAGCACACCGCAUUUUUUACGUGCAUGCAGCGCGCGAGAGUUACAGAUACAAGGGAAAUAAAAGUUCCUCGAGAUGAUGAAUUCGAGUCACGAGCUGCAGCUCUUCUGCGGUGCUCUGCAGAGAAGUCCCAUCCAUGCUCAUCCAGUGUAAGUGCAACGGCCCUUUCAUUACCCU